AUGGUCGAUUUCUCUUCUGGCUCUGAUGACUCAUCGUUCGAGUUUGUCUCUGACUCGAUGGCAUCGGAUGUCUCUUUUAUAGAAGAGAGAACUGAAGAAACUCCAAGGACAACUAAUCCACCAUCUCCAGUCCUCGAAGCUUCUACUAAAAUAAUAAAGAGAGAUGAGACAGACGACUCGAAAGUUAUAGGCUACAUGAUUUUAGGAAUUAUUGUCUUCUCGGCUGUCUUGCCAUAUUUUUUUCCUUCUGAUAUUGAUAACGACAUCGCAAAACUCACUGAUGAAAUCGUGGGUCUCAAAAGAGAUUUUCAGCUGGUUCUCCACAAAACAAUGAAAGAACGAAAGGAACACUACAAAAAGAUCAAGUGUCUGGAAGAUAUCCCAGAGGAUCUUUUGGCCAAAUGGGUGCCAGAUGCAUCAAAUUUUCAAGGAGUAGCGGAAUUCAUUUCCGACCAGCAAAAAGGAGAGAGUGUCAAGGAAUUCAUGUAUGAGGCUCAUGUCAAACUCAACAUCGUCAGGAAAAAUCUGUUGGAAUUGGUUUUGAUCAGGAACCAGACACAAGAAGGUGCCAUCUUGUUGAGAGGCGCAUGUGUCUAUGAGAACGGUAAAAGUACCAAAGUAUUUGUGCAAGAAGGGAAGUUAUAUGUCAGCUGGAAAUAUGUGCAUGGAAAUGAGAAGAAACGCGUCACUAUGGUGUACACUGUGCCAGAAGAACACUUUCAUACGAUCGAAUUUGGAUAA